AGAGUGCAUCGAUGAUACAGACAAACGUCAGGUAGACAGUAGAUGAAACUGCUACUACAUAGUGGCUACUAGUACACUGCAUGGGAAGGGAGAGAGCCCCCUGAAGUGGGCAGGUCAUGUUGUGUUGACAAACGUUAGCUUCUAGCUAGGCUACGUCACCGUCUUGAUUUGGGGCGGGGGCUUGCAGGAGAUUUAAUAGGUUUGAAGGUGGCAAAGACGCUGUGAAUGUUACUGUUUUUAAUCGAAUUGAGAGAUAUUUAACCACACAACCAAUAGAUAGUACAAUACAGAACUGUUUCACGCAUAGUUGUGAGGAUAUAUCACCGGAAGAAGAUGGGUAGCUGCCUUACAGUUGGACCAAAUGAAGCCGUGGUUGUCUCUGGUAGGUGUUUCCCCCUUCCUGCCAUGCUACUGUAGCUAGGAAGCUAACGUAGCUAGCCAACAAGCUUAAUUGUUAAUGUAUGGUUAUUUUGUUAACUUAUUCGUUUACCAACGGUUUUCAGUUAAUGUAUAACUAGCUAGUUAAUGAAACGGUCAUUGCAUUGAUUUUGCUCGAUGGAUAAACUACAUAACAAAUCAUAUCGCUUCACUAAUGUAGUGGACUAUUUGCACUGCCCCCCCACGCCAUCCUUUUUACGCUGCUGCUACUCUGUUAAUUAUUUAUGCAUAGUCACUUUAACUCUACCCACAUGUACAUAUUACUUCAACUAUCUCAACUAGCCGGUGCCCCCGCACAUUAACUCUGCACCGGUACCCCCCUGUAUAUAUAGCCUCCCUACUGUUAUUUUACUUCUGCUCUUUUUUUUCUCAACACUUUUUUUGUUGUUGUUUUAUUUUUACUUUUUUUGUUAAAAAUAAAUGCACUGUUGGUUAAGGGCUGUAAGUAAGCAUUUCACUGUAAUGUCUGCACCUGUUGUAUUCGGCGCAUGUGACCAAUACAAUUUGAUUUGAUUUGAUUUAACUAGGUUGUUACUAGCCCUUGAUCAUGUCUCUUAGUUCUAUUACUUUACACAUCAUAAGAGUCAUUGGACGAAGGCGUCUUCUGUGGGGGAGUUUUGUUAUCUGUAGGGGAGAGUUUUUUGGGGAGUUUUGUUAAGAGCAACGCUCAGUCUGAACAUUAACACGCAUUGAUUGUGGUAUGAUUUUGGAAGCAUAAGGACCUUAUCUUUCGUAUCAAAGAAACCAUUUUCAAAAAACAAAAUGUUAAAUUGAUACACACCUUUUUAUAGGGUUAUUGUUCCCACACAGCUAUAUCUCUAUGUUAAAGCACGUGUUUACUGUUUACGGAAGACAGAGGGACCACCUGUACUAAUGAGCUAUCUAGCGUGCACCGAACACCUGUGUGUAACCGAAGAAGGCCGCCAGAAACGUAUUGUCACUGAAAAAUACAUUCGGCUGCAACUGUGAUAAAGCCGGUUAAAACAGUGUGUAUUUUGCAUUUGUGAAAUGUAAAUGUGAUAUGAAAGUAGGUAUUUAUGUUUCUGGAACUGUAUGCAUUUGAGAAUCGAUAUAUUUAUUAUUUGCCUUCCAGGGCCAGUCUACCUGUGAAAAUAACAUAAGGUCCUUGGACUAAUGAGUAACAGUAAAGUUAGGCUCCUUAAGUGUACAUAUUGGGCUAGGUUGGUACCAGCUGGUUAACCAACCUGGUUUCAGAACAUGUAUUAUUAUUAUGUAUGUAAAGCCGAGACAAUCCAUUCACUAUGAUAUGUUACGAAUUACAAUUCGUACAAUAUGUUACGAAUUACAAUUCGUACAAUAUGUUACGAAUUUGAAAAAUGUAUGAUAUGUUACGAAUUCUAGCUAGGUGGCUAACGUUUGGUAGCUUGCUGACGUUAGCUAGGCUAGGGGUUAGGGUUAAGUUUAGGAGUUAGGUUAAAGGGUCAGGGGAAGGUUUAGCUGAAAGGCAAAAAUGUAUGCACGCAUGACUGUAAGUCGCUUUGGAUAAAAGCGUCUGCUAAAUGGCAUAUAUUAUAUUAUAUAUUAAAGGGUUAAUGUGAGGGUUAUUAGUUGCAAAGUAGCUAAAAAGUAGGAAGUAGUUGAAAAGCUGCUAAACUUGUCCGUUUUCAGAUUCGAACUCGCAACCUUUGGGUUCUUUGAGAUUCGAACUCAAAGAACCCAACUUUCGUUUUUGCCUUAAGUAACCAUCUGUUUUAUGUAACCAUACCAAAUGUAACAUAUCAUACUAAAUGGCGCAUCUCGGAUUUAUGUACAGAAUAAUACGAAAUGCUCUGAGACAAGGUUGGGUUAACUGGUGACUGAGCUAAUCAAAGAUGGUGGAUAAUUGAAGAUGGUUCACUCAGGCUGUUUACCAUUGAGAGAAAUAAUGGUCAGUUCCGGUCUACUUAAAUGGUUUUGUCUCCUAUAGACACCAAUGCAAUAGCAGCUGCAUCUGGUCUACUUAGUUCAUUGACUUUCACUGAACCAGAAAAAAACUGCUAGUGGGGUGUCUCACUCCCUCCCCCAUCUCUGGCCAAAUUGCAUUCCUGUGGCUAACUGGCGUUUGCUACCAUGGUGACCCUCUUUAGCAUUCAGCUAGCUAGUUAGCCAUUUCAAGUGAUUAAUAUAAUAUAAUAAUAAUAAUAAUAUGCCAUUUAGCAGACGCUUUACCCUGGCGUUACAGUCUGUAAUACCUACAUGUUUCAAUCACACCACCAUAGUCCCUGUGCCCAAGAAAGCGAAGGCAACCUGCCUAAAUGACUACCACGUCGGUAGCCAGAAGUGCUUUGAAAGGCUGGUCAUGGCUCACAUCAACACCAUCAUCCCGGAAACCCUAGACCCACUCCAAUUCGCAUUCCGCCCCAACAGAUCCACAGAUUAUGCAAUCGCAGUCCACACUGCCCUUUCCCACCUGGACAAGAGGAACACCUAUGUGAGAAUGCUGUUCAUUGACUACAGCUCAGCGUUCAACACCAUAGUGCCCACAAAGCUCAUCACUAAGCUUAGGGCCCUGGGACUAAACACCUCCCUCUGCAACUGGAUCCUGGACUUCCUGAUGGGCCACCCCCAGGUGGUAAGGGUAGGCAACAACACAUCUGCCACGCUGAUCCUCAAAACGGGGGCCCCUCAGGGGUGCGUGCUUAGUCCCUUCCUGUACUCCCUGUUCAUCCACGACUGUGUGGCCAAGCACGACUCCAACAUCAUCAUUAUGUUUGCUGACGACACAACAGUGGUAGGCCUGAUCACCGACAAUGAUGAGACAGCCUAUAGGGAGGAGGUCAGAGACCUAGCAGUGUGGUGCCAGGACAACAAACUCUCCCUCAGCGUGAGCAAGACAAAGGAGAUGAUCGUGGACUACAGGAAAAGGAGGGCCAAAUUUGCCCCCAUUCACAUCGACGGGGCUGUAGUGGAGCGGGUCGAGAGUUUCAAGUUCCUUUGUGUCCACAUCACCAACAAACUAUCAUGGUCCAAGCACACCAAGACAGUCGUGAAGAGGGCACGACAACACCUUUUCCCCAUCAGGAGACUGAAAAGAUUUGGCACGGGACCCAAAAAUCCUCAAAGUUCUACAGAUGCACCAUCGAGAGCAUCCUGACCGGUUGCAUCACCGCCUGGUAUGGCAACUGCUCGGCACCAGACCGUAAGGCGCUACAGAGGGUAGUGCGUACGGCCCAGUACAUCACUGGGGCCAAGCUUCCUGCCAUCCAGGACCUAUAUACUAGGCGGUGUCAGAGGAAGGCCAAAAAAAUUGUCGAAGACUCCAAUCACCCAAAUCUAGGUCCAAAAGGCUCCUUAACAGCUUCUACCCCCCAAGCCAUAAGACUGCUGAACAAUUAAUCAAAUGGCCACCCGGACUAUUUACAUUACUAUUUCUUGAACUGCAUUGUUGGUUAAGGGCUUGUAAGUAAGCAUUUCACGGUAAGGUCUAAACCUGUUGUAUUCGGUGCAUGUGACAAAUAAAAUUUGAUUUGAAAUCUGGAAAUGCUGAAAUGGGAUGAUAGCCUUGCUAAUGCAAUGUGGCAAAUAGUCUCUUUCCAGCUGUGGGUCUUUCCCACAACUCCAAAUAACAGUCAUGCAAUAUGCCUGAGAAGCGAGGCUAUGGAAAGGUUGUGUUUUUUUAUUUAAACUUGUGCCGUGACAGUGAUGGCGACCCCCUCUGCAGUCCUCAACAUCCUCACACUUGGGUUGGAGCAUCAUGAUCUCCAGUGUAAUCCUAUAUGCGGGACAAAAGUAUUUUAGGUAAAAAUUAUAGUUUUGAAAGAGCUAAGUGAUACCAACACUUCCAUGUUUUGAUUGGUUGAGUUACUACAUCCUUAGCUAUGUACAGUGAGGGGGAAAAAAGUAUUUGAUCCCCUGCUGAUUUUGUACAUUUGCCCACUGACAAAGAAAUGAUCAGUCUAUAAUUUUAAUGGUAGGUUUAUUUGAACAGUGAGAGACAGAAUAACAACAAAAACAUCCAGAAAAACGCAUGUCAAAAAUGUUAUCAAUUGAUUUGCAUUUUAAUGAGGGAAAUAAGUAUUUGACCCCCUCUCAAUCAGAAAGAUUUCUGGCUCCCAGGUGUCUUUUAUACAGGUAACGAGCUGAGAUUAGGACCACACUCUUAAAGGGAGUGCUCCUAAUCUCAGUUUGUUACCUGUAUAAAAGACACUUGUUCUCAGAAGCAAUCAAUCAAUCAGAUUCCAAACUAUCCACCAUGGCCAAGACCAAAGAGCCCUCCAAGGAUGUCAGGGACAAGAUUGUAGACCUACACAAGGCUGGAAUGGGCUACAAGACCAUCGCCAAGCAGCUUGGUGAGAAGGUGACAACAGUUGGUGUGAUUAUUCGCAAAUGGAAGAAACACAAAAGACCUGUCAAUCUCCCUCAGCCUGGGGCUCCAUGCAAGAUCUCACCUCGUGGAGUUGCAAUGAUCAUGAGAACGGUGAGGAAUCGGCCCAGAACUACACGGAAGGAUCUUGUCAAUGAUCUCAAGGCAACUGGGACCAUAGUCACCAAGAAAACAAUUGGUAACACACUAUGCCGUGAAGGACUGAAAUCCUGCAGCACCCACAAGGUCCCCCUGAUCAAGAAAGCACAUAGACAUGCCCGUCUGAAGUUUGCCAAUGAACAUCUGAAUGAUUCAGAGGAGAACUGGGUGAAAGUGUUGUGGUCAGAUGAGACCGAAAUUGAGCUCUUUGUCAUCAACUCAACUCGCCGUGUUUGGAGGAGGAGGAGGAAUGCUGCCUAUGACCCCAAGAACACCAUCCCCACCUUCAAACAUGGAGGUGGAAACAUUAUGCUUUGAGGGUGUUUUUCUGCUAAGGGGACAGGACAACUUCACCGCAUCAAAGGGACGAUGGACGGGGCCAUGUACCGUCAAAUCUUGGGUGAGAACCUCCUUCCCUCAGCCAGGGCAUUGAAAAUGGGUCGUGGAUGGGUAUUCCAGCAUGACAAUGACCCAUAACGCACGGCCAAGGCAACAAAGGAGUGGCUCAAGAAGAAGCACAUUAAGUUCCUGGAGUGGCCUAGCCAGUCUCCAGACCUUAAUCCCAUAGAAAAUCUUUGGAGGAAGCUGAAGGUUCGAGUUGCCAAACGUCAGCCUCGAAACCUUAAUGACUUUAGGAAGAUCUAAAUCAUUAAAAUUAUAGACUGAUCAUUUCUUUUUCAGUGGGCAAACGUACAAAAUCAGCAGGGGAUCAAAUACUUUUUUCCCUCACUGUACACUGUAAUAUGAUCCUCACUUAACUACCAAGUGCAAAGCCAAGGGAUUUCUAUGCUUGCAGGGAAAUUAUACACAAGGCUAUGUAAUCAUGUAGCCUACUCUUAUAGAAGUCUGAGUAGCUUAUACCUACAUGUUUUACAUUUGACCUGUAGUAACCUAGCUAGUGCAUAGCAGCAAGACAAAGGAAUUGUUGUGGUAAAAACUAAGAAGGGUGUCAACUGAGCAUCAAUAAUGAAUGAUGGAGUCUAUCCCAGAUGGAAAUGUUGUGCCACUGACUCACACCUUGUCUGUUUCAUUUCUCAGGUGCCUGUUGUGGUUCAGAUGAGAAGACCUACAUGGUGGGGGGCUGGGCCUGGGCCUGGUGGCUCAUCACUGACAUUCAAAGGUGAGACCAUUGAUGAUGUCAUUGCAUGCUAUAGAAUUGUCUUCAUCAGUCUAUCAGCAAUCAUGGGUUGUUUUGCAAAUGGUCUAGAGGAGGCUUGUUUUAUUUAUUCAAUGGAUAAAUAAAACUACAUGUUUCCAUACAAAUACUAAGUUGGAUAAAAGGGCUGCCUGAGGUUUAGAAACCCACAAUCAUUUAUGGACACAGCUCCAACAGGUCUUUCAGCUACCUUAGAUUUCUUCAAUGAUCGCCUACAAUUCAGUAAACACACCAUCUGCGGCCUGACAAUCAGCCAGGAGGUGUGUGCACGUGCGUGGAAGACUAUUUUAUUCUGUGCCACACUUUCCUGACUGACCUACAUUGUGUGAAUGAGUUCUGGAUGUUUCAAAUGGAAACAUGGCAAAGGACACUUGGCCCCACCUUCUUAAACUACAGUACACAUUCACUCUUCUGCCUUCUUUCCUGUGUGUCACUUGGCCCCAUUCUUACCCUUUUCACAGUAGGUUAGGUGCUGUCCUCUGUUUAUUAACUGACUGUAAGUCAUUGUCCCCUGGGUUUACAUGAAAGCAUGCAAUGUUUUGUUUAGGGUUUCUUGAGGUUUAUUUUUGCUCAAUAGCCAGUAACUAGCCAUUAGUCGUUUGGGGAGUGUGUCAAGGAAGUGUGUGGCAAUAGAAGUAGUACAUCUCCAGAAACAAACGUUCCACUAUAGAAAUAUUCCAUCACUGAAAUGUCGCCAUUGUGAAACUCCUCAUUUGACUUCCCAAUUAUAUUUAUUCAAUGAUGAGAUAAGAUAACAAUCAUAAGAUAACAAUAUUUCAGCUGAGCCUCUAAAUUAUUCCAUUACUUCUGCUCCACAUGUGUUGUCAGUGACACAUUGUCACAUAAUACUGAUGCAGAGCAUUUUUCUCCUCUGCCUCUGUUAUUGUGCUGUUAAAGGGACAAUAUGCAGUUGGUAUAUCCUUUUUUGGUUAAUGAUAUGUACCCAUUGAUUCAUUAAUAAUUUAACUUAUAAAGGCCUCAUGAGCUAAUUCAACUGUCGUACCCCAUCAGAACCCAAAAUAUAAGCUUCUCUUACUCCAAUGUUUGUAAACAAAGUGAAUGUAAACAAACACUGUAUAGCCUCACAACAUAGUUAAAACUAUAAUUUUGAAAUCAAGGCUGGUCAGUCCUUGUAUCCAUAGCUCUGUCUAUGAUUUUGAGUGGUUGCAUUUCUACAGCCCCAUCCCUUAGCUUUUUACCGAAACAGUGGGGAGUGAACAUGUUAUUGUUUCAACUGCCCCUUUAAGGUCUGCAUUACCUAAAAUACUUUUUUUCCUCAUAUAGGAUUACCCUGGAGAUUAUGACACUCCAACCCAAGUGUGAGGAUGUUGAGACUGCAGAGGGGGUCGCCAUCACUGUCACUGGGGUGGCACAGGUAAAAAAAAUACAAAAAACAGCUGGAAAGAGACUAGUCACCACCAUGACAUACCUCCAUCAUUUGUCUCAUAAAAUGCGUUGUCAAUGAAAACAGUGUCAAAGUAUAAUUUUGUCAAUUGAAUGAAACCGACACCAUUGAAUUGGAAAAUGUCUUACCUAUUUAUAACUAACUGUUAUUGAUUUCAUAUCUCAUUGUGGCAUACCAGUUUACAAACUGCAGUUGUAGCUACUCCAUGUACUGUAAGCUCUUUCUGUGUCACAGGACAGAUUCUGUUCUGAGUAUGCAAAAUACAUUCAUGUAAACCAAGGACUAACUCCUUGUGUAACCUAACUUACAGCCAUAGAUCAAGUUAAAGCACAGUGAUUCAUAUUUUCGUAUGCAACCAGGCCACAGUCUGUCUUUCUAACCCUCUUCUUCAUCUCUUCUCCAGAUCAAAGUGAUGACAGAUCAUGAUCUUCUGGCAAUUGCUUGCGAGCAGUUUUUGGGCAAAUCCGUCCCCGAAAUCAAAGGAGUGGUUUUGCAAACCUUGGAGGGACAUUUACGCUCAAUUCUAGGUGAGGAGAAUCUCUCCAAAGUGAAAAUUAUGUCUAUUAUGGUCAUCCAUUGAUUUCAGUUGGUUGUUGUCAGCUUUGUUCUCUGUUAGCUGAUGUAAAUCAGUGGCUAAACCUCAGCGUCCCACACACACACAUGGUUUUUGCUGAUGGGUAGUUUUUCAACAACAAAUAAUUGCUGAUGGGUAGCUUUUCAAACAGUUUGUUCAAGCUUUGUACUAAAAAUAGCCUGUCUAAAUUAAAAUAUAAAUUACAGUCAAUGUAAUGAGAGCCUGAAUGUGUAAAAGGGUAACUUCUAAAACCACAAACAUGAAAUCCGAGAAUCUACAGACUGCACUAUUGAAAAGUUAACGUUAUAUGUUCUGUAUUAUGAGAUGUAUCAUGUUUUACUAUAUGAUGAUGACGACUUUAUAGAUCUAUGUGUUUUUAACAAUUCAUUUAAUCUUUGUAAAUACCCAUGAAUUUCAGUGAUUAUUUGACUACCAUGUGGGAUAGCCUUACUAAAGUAAAGUCAGUAAGUGAAGUAGGUCUAUAUCCAGUGUUGUAGAGAGACUGACAGGCUCUGCUGCUCUCCCCUCUUUACAGGCACACUGACGGUGGAGCAAAUCUACCAGGACAGGGACAAGUUUGCACAGCUGGUGAGGGAGGUGGCAGCGCCCGACGUGGGCAGAAUGGGCAUUGAGAUUCUCAGCUUCACUAUCAAGGUGAGUCGGUCAGUGGUGCCAUGAAAUGUGGAGGGUAAAUGCAGUUAAACACACCUUUUUAUUUUGAAUGUUUUUGUUUUUUGCCUUUGCUGUCUUAUUGGUGUUUGUUAUCCUAUGGAAUUUAAUUGAUGAUGUAAACCUGUUGAUUGGGAGGAGACUCCACUUAACUAGUCUUCACCGUUGUUGAUUAGGAUUGAUUAAUGUGGACUGGUAGUAGUUCUAACUAGCUGUGAGUUAGCCUAGACUGUCACAGUCCCCUUCAAUGAGAUCCUCUUUUUAUUAUCAGCUCUUCACUCUUCACUGCAAGUGCGACAAUCAAUUAGAUGUUAUCACAUGUUGAUGUUGGACAUUUAUUGACGUUUUUGUUCCCUCAAGUGUCUCGGGUUGUGUAUAGUAAUCUGAGCUAGUGUGUGUGUGUGUGUGUCUUUGUAGGAUGUCUAUGAUAAACUGGACUACCUGAGCUCACUAGGGAAGACUCAGACAGCAGCAGUCCAGAGGGAUGCAGACAUUGGUGUGGCAGAGGCAGAAAGGGAUGCUGGGAUACGAGUAAGAUUACAUUCAAUAAACUUGAUUAAUUCCAGAGGGGCAAUUAUUUAUGGGGCUCUGUUUGUCUGUAUUAAUGUACAUACAUUAAUUUGAGAAGUUUGUACGCUCAUUUUCUUAAUUUAUUAAUUUCCCAUUUUCCUGUCCUCAUCCUUUUGCCCCUUCUCUCAUGUACAUUCUAAUCUCUCUCUCACAUGUACUCCUCUCUCUCUCAUGUACUCUUCUCUCUCUCUCUCUCGUUGUCUCACUCUCUCUCGCCAGGAAGCGGAGUGCAAGAAGGAGAUGAUGUAUGUCAAGUUCCUGGCCGACACCAAGAUGGCCGACUCCAAACGAGAACUUGAACUGCAGAAGGCUGCUUUCAACCAAGAAGUCAACACCAAGGUCUGCAUGAACUCCAUACUCCACUCUUGAAUGCCAGUUAAAUGAGUACAGUGCGAUAGAAAUUCCAGUCUACUAAAUUAUUCUAUGAUGUUGGUCCAUCCGAGUCUAAAUUAUCAUUAGGCUUUAGUAAUUUAGUUAAUGCGACAUCUUACGCGAUCAGAGAGCCCGGAAUGAACAUUUAAUAUAGCCCUAAGCAGCCAAACGCUCCCUCCAGCCAACCUCAACAUUAAAACUCCUCUAUCAACUUAGACGGCCAUGUCAUGAUCUUGUCUCUCUGUCUGUGUGCUUCAACAUGGACUUCAUGGUCAUGUCUCUCUGUGUCUCCAGAAAGCUGAGGCCCAGCUGGCCUAUGAGCUGCAGGCAGCUAAAGAACAGCAGAAGAUUAGGCUGGAGGAGAUAGAGAUUGAGGUGGUUCAGAGGAAGAAGCAGAUCACCAUUGAGGAGAAGGAGAUUGUCCGUACAGAGAAGGAGCUCAUCGCCAUGGUGAAGAGGCCUGCCGAGGCAGAGGCAUACAAGAUGCAGCAGCUGGCUGAGGGACAGAAGUAGGAAUACCUUUUAUAUCAUAUCAUAACAGAACAUAUCCACAGUCCCAUUAUACGCUUACCUAGCUGUAACAUACAAACUGUCAUUCACUAGUGAUUCCACUCAACUUAAUGUGCAUUGUCUUCUAUCACAAAAACAUUUUCUCAUGAGUGGAUUGGUAGCACUUUAUUUAACAGUGCAAAAAUGUCCCGUUUUUUUAUAAGUGAGCUGGUAAAAUGGUAAUUACACAAUAAUAGCAUAUUAAUUACUCAUUGUUUCUUUUGGAAACACAGAUACUUUUUGUCUCUUGGAAAACAAUCUAGUUUCCCAGUUCUGAUACGAGUGUGUUGUGUCUUUCAGGAUGAAGAAGGUUCUGACGGCCCAGGCGGAGGCAGAGAAGAUCCGGAGGAUAGGCGAGGCAGAGGCCGGCUCCAUAGAGGCGAUAGGGAAGGCUGAGGCUGAGAAGAUGAGGCUGAAGGCUGAGGCCUACCAGCAGUAUGGAGAGGCAGCCAAGACUGCUCUGGUCCUGGAGGCCCUGCCCAAGGUAACACACUAUGGAAUUAAGUCACAUAAGUCAUAUUGCGUUGAUUGUUUUAAAUGCAGUGUAUCCACGCGUGCAUUUGAAUUGUUUAGAUUUGAUCAAAUUAUAUCACUACUGCCUUCACGAAACCUUCAUACAGAUGUAUUCAUAUUGAGGUAGUAAUGUGCAGAUAUACAGUAGACACACUCAUUAACAUGCCCCCAAAUAAACCUAGUCAUAUUGAUACUAAUAAAGCAGUAAUAAAUAGUGGAAAUCUAGUCACAGUAAUAAUGACAAGCCAGUGUUUGACUUUUUAUUUUUUAUUUCUGACUGGACAAAGUACAGUUGUAUCAGUCAUAACCCACCAGUAGUUAUCUACAGUAUCUUUGUCAGCCAGUGUUAGGUGUGGUAGCCUACAUGUACAAGUGGCAGAUUACACCAUCUUAAAGUGACUCACAAGUCAGAUGAUUUGUUCAACUGGGGGUUUACAUCAGUUGAUGUAAUAUGACAUUAUAUACCAUAAACGUGUCUUGUGAUGUGAGCACAAUAAAAACAUCUCAAUGUGCCCGUGUCUUCCUAGAUUGCAGCCAAGGUGGCGGCACCGCUGGCCAGGACCAAAGAGAUAGUCAUCCUGAGCGGGGAGGGCAACCAUGUGACAGGGGAAGUGAACCGCCUCCUGGCUGAACUUCCUGUGUCCGUCAACGCCCUCACAGGAAUUGACCUAUCAAAGGUAAUUAGGGGCUGGACAGGAAGUGGAAUUUCAUUUAGCUUCAGUAUGGUAUUGUUCAACAGACAUGCAUGGUGAAAAUGGUAGGUAAAACAUAGAUUAGUGAGUCCAUAGAAAUAUAAUUACACCCAUCAUGGAAUGUUGACUUGAAUAGAGUGGUAAUGUCUGUUCUAGUAAUUCUAAUUCUAUGAAUUAGCCAAUAUGUCCUAGAGAAUCCUAUUAGUGCUGCUGGAUUGUUCCAACCUACAUGCAAUUUUUCUGAAAUUGUGAAAUGAAACCUUAGCGUACAAUAUCUCUUUCUAGCCUAAAUUGAAUUGUUUUUGUUUCCUAUUCAACAGAUCCCACUACUGCAGAGGAUGACCGAUGCUCAGGCCUGA